CACACGGAUGGUUCCAUUCUCACCCCAUAGCUGUGUUCUUUCAAUGUUCGCAGAGGGCUGGUGUCCUAGCAAGCUAGCAGAUAUUGGUAUGAUAGCCCAAACCCACGUAGUUCAAAUGGGAGGUUUGUCUUGUGUUUAGCGCUUUCACAUCUUCAUUCUACUGAGAAGAGCUUUACAAAAGAGGAACCGAAACUAGUAAGCUAACGUGCUAAAAUUGUUAUAGGAAGCUUGAAGUAUCAAGUUUGUGUACACGGGUAGUUGUGCAGAUGUAAUCCACCAAGAGGCGCUAGUUAGCUAACAUAGCCAGCUAAAUACUUCAUUUUGUUGUUACCGAAGCGGAGUUGCUUUUUCAUAGCGAGCAACAUGCCGGAAUAUCUGGAAGACCCAUCUGUUCUCACCAAAGAUAGACUCAAGAGCGAGCUUUUAGCCAACAAUGUUGCUCUCCCGACCGGAGACCAGCGAAAGGACAUUUAUGUGCAGCUAUAUCUGAAAAACUUGACCGUGCAGAACAAGAAGAUCCCCUCUACAGACGCCUUUUCUAGCGAUGAGGAGUUGCCAUUCCCCGUAGUCUCAAACAAAAGUCGCUCGGGCAGGAAAGCCACGAGGAAAACAGACAAGCCUCGGCCGGAGGACCUGGAUGUGACUGAGCUGACCAGUGAGGGCCUGAAGGACGAGCUGCUCAAGUAUGGAAUCAACGCAGGACCCAUCGUGGCCUCAACCCGUAACCUGUAUGAGAGAAGGCUCCAGAAGCUGUUGGACCAGGGUCCUCCUGAGACCGUGACUCUACCGGUGGUCAUCACUCAGGUAGACAGCAACCACAACAGCAAAUCUGACUCAGACCGCUACAGCGACAAGGAGGAAGAGGUGACGACAGUCCCAGAACCAGAGCCAGUCACAGUCCCCGUGGUGGAGAGACCUGUCAGAAGCAGAGGGAAGACCCCAGUCACCACCAGGACCCGCAGCAGCCAGCACAACCGGGUGGAGAAGAUAGCAACUGGUGAGCAGACACCCAGCAGAGUGGACGAGAAGGAUGUCCUCAAGGAGAUGUUCCCCUACGAGACCAACACUCCAACAGGAAUCAACGCCACCUGUCGGCGACCCAUCCGAGGUGCAGCCGGCAGGCCCCUAAAGUCUGGUGACCUGUGGACAGAUGAGACCCUCCUGCGUUCCUCCUCCACCUCUAACUCUUCCUACUCAGAGAGUCGCACCGCCACCGUCCACAGAGUCACCACCCUGCCCCCCUCCACCAGGCUGGUAACGUCAGUGGCAAGGCCUGCUGGCAAGGCCGUAGUACCACCCUGUGGCCUGCCUUUCUGGCUGAAGCUGCUGCUCCUCAGCGUUGUAGCUGGCUUCAUAUUCUUCGUCUACCAGACCAUGGAGACCAAUGCUAUGGCCCCCUUUGGAGGGUCCUCCGAUUCCACGCAGACCAGUGACAAUGAGGUCAGCAAGUGAAGCCUGGAUGACGGUUCUCUGGCAGCAUAAUGUUACUGCCACCAUUUUCAUCAUCGUCAUUGUCCCUCGCUUCCUUGGCAUUAUUGUUUUUUUCUUCCCCUGUUUCUGUCACUUAUAAUUGGUUAAAUAGUCUGGUACGGUAGCCAAAUCUGUAUCAACACCUCAUGAAGACGACAAUGUCCAAUAUGAUAUAUUGAACAUUGAAGAUGACAACCGCUUCUCAUUCUGAAAUGACAAUACUGUCUUCUGUUUGUUUCAGUUUGUCCUUUUCCCAUCUCUGAGCCUGUGAGGCUGAGAGAAAGCCAGUCACACCACUCAUCUCCAGAUAGCAUACAUACACCGAAACAGUGACUUCCAAAUUAUGUGAACUUGCUUUAUAUGGUCUAUUGUUUUUGUUUUAUAUCUCUGCAUGGUGUAGUCGUAUGAUUGCAUUUGCGUGAGUCUGUGUGAGAUAAUUGCCUGUGUGCGUGUCAUGUAUGUGUUUCACACAGUUUGCUUUUGUAAUGCUGUCACUGUAAUCUAAUGAAGUUAGAUGUAACCUAAUGCAGUUAUUAGCUAAAACUGUCUGGAAAAGACUGAAGGAAUUUCAAACAAUUUUAAUCAGUUUUUUUCUUGAUCGAAUCAUCUGUACAGCGGGUGUGUGUGUGUGACAGGGAUUGUAAACAUAUAGCUCUUGUAUGCCCCCACCCAGUUUUUUUUGUUUUUGUCGUUAAUUUUAUUGAAAUGGUCUAUGUAGCCGAAUUAAUAAUGUAUGUAUUCAUUGUAAUAAAUAAUGGCAUGUCCUCUCAAUAAAACUGUUGAUAUUG